AUGUCUUCCUCGUCUCCCCACGACCGUCUCUCCUCCAUCUCCUCACACAUCAUGGGUUCCUCCAAUCCGUCAGUAUUCACCGCAGCCACUGUGGCUGCGGCGCCAGAAGAUCCUCUGUUUGGUCUGAUGAAGGCCUAUCGCGAGGACCCCUCCGAUAAGAAGGUCGAUCUGGGCAUCGGUGCCUACCGUGACAACAACGCAAAGCCCUGGAUUCUGCCUGUCGUCAAGAAGGCCGACAAUGCCAUCCACAAUGACCCCAGUCUCAACCAUGAAUACCUCUCCAUUGGAGGUCUGGCCGAGUUCACUUCUGCCGCCCAGAAGCUGAUUGUCGGUGCCGACAGCCCUGCGAUCAAAGAGAAGCGAAUCUGCUCCCUCCAAACCAUCUCAGGAACAGGCGCCGUCCACCUAGGAGGCCUCUUCCUCUCGAAAUUCCACCCCAAAAAGCCAACAAUCUACCUGUCAAACCCAACAUGGGCAAACCACAACCAAAUCUUCACCAACGUAAACCUCAACAUCGAAAAAUACCCUUACUUCCACGCCUCAACCAAAGGCCUCGACUUCGAAGGCAUGAUGUCAACCCUCAACACCGCGCCCAAUGGCUCAAUCAUUCUCCUCCACGCCUGCGCCCACAACCCAACAGGCGUCGACCCAACCCAAGACCAAUGGAAAGAAAUCGCCUCGGUGAUGCGCGCCCGCUCCCACUUCCCCUUCUUCGACACAGCCUACCAAGGCUUCGCAUCAGGCGAUCUAUCCCGCGACGCCUGGGCAAUCCGCUACUUCGUCUCGCAGGGCUUCGAGCUGUGCGUAGCGCAAUCCUUCGCAAAGAACUUCGGCCUGUACGGCGAGCGCACGGGUGCCUUCCAUUUCGUUUCGGCGCCUGGCGCUGAUGCGUCCGCUGCUUCGGCCAACAUCGCUUCCCAGCUUGCGAUCUUGCAGCGCUCCGAGAUCUCAAACCCGCCUGCGUACGGGGCCCGCAUUGCCAGUCGUGUCCUUAAUGAUCCCACACUCUUUGCGGAGUGGGAGGAUGAUUUGCGCACUAUGAGUGGGCGGAUUCUGGAGAUGAGGGCUGGGUUGAGGGAGCGUCUUGAGAAGCGGGGGACGCCUGGUGAUUGGAGUCAUAUUACUUCGCAGAUUGGCAUGUUCAGUUUCACUGGCCUAACCGAGGCGCAGGUGAUGACGCUCCGUCAGCAGUGGCAUGUUUACAUGACUAAGAAUGGGCGUAUAUCGAUGGCUGGCCUUAAUACUCAUAAUAUUGAUUAUUUCGCUGAGGCGGUGGAUAGUGUUGUCCGGGGGUGA